AUGAGAUGGCGGGAUCGAAUAGCCGUAUUCUUCUUCCCUCCAGGCAUGAUGCUCACCGUAGCUGCAUUAAUGCUCUUCUUCCUGCACAUGGGUGUAUUUGCUAGUGAUGUUCACAACUUCUGUGUCAGCCACCACUACGACCGCAUGAGCUUCCGAUACACGGUUGUCCUGAUUGUCUCCCAGGUGAUCAGCAUCUGCUGGGCUGCCAUGGGGUCACUCUAUGCAGAGAUGACUAGUGACAAGUUUCUUCGCUGCUUUGCUCUGAUCAUCCUGAGUGAGUGGGGAGGUGUGCUUACAAGGAGGGGGAGUUUUGAAACCCUGAGAAGUGUCAAGGAGGGGACAAAACUGUUGAGCUGAUGGGCUCUCUCCUCCACCCAGUACUCAAUGGAGCCAUGUUCUUCAACCGCAUGUCCCUGGAGUUUCUGGCCAUCAAUUACCGAGAGGAGAACCACUGAGGCCUGGGGAUUGGGGACAGGGCUGAGACGGGAGAUGGAAAAAGCUGCUUCAGGUGUUUUAAUAAAGUCUGUUGUUUAUUUGCA